UAUGUACUAAACUGACCCCAGAUAAUAACAACCCUUCCAAUAAAACAACAUCUUUUAGAGUUCACCUAUUUAGAGUCAAUAUGUAUGAGAAAGAUCCAAAUUAUUAUAUUAGCUUUCAUCUCCAGGUGUUCCCAAACAAUAUCAACAAUCACCUUAAAAUCAAAUAAUUCAAUCCCCAUAAACAUAUUAGACACAAUAAUAGUUUGUAUUAUUAAUUCAUUUAUUCAAAAGAGCUCCCCAUAUUAGAUUCCCUAAUCAUAAUAAUAUUUGUAGCAACCAUAAAUAAGACAACCUUAACUCCCUGUAUAAUAAAAUCAAAUUUUACCUGUUACUUCAUAAGCAUUUGCUCCAGUACGCUCUUAAAGUCCUAUUAAUGUCAGACCAUCCUAUUAAUAAGUUAAUUUCUAAGUUGCUCCACCUGUUUAAUAAGUUUAUGUUCAAUAAUAACCAGUGGUAUAAUAAUUUAACAAUAAUUUCUAUAGACUGUUUAACCCUAAACUUAAGUAUAAGAAUUUAGACAUGUUGAAAGACCAUUAUAAGUUAUUACUGUAGAUGGUAAUAAUAUUAUUGAUUAUAUUUAUUAGAAAUUGAAGCACCAUGGAGAUUGAAGUGUGCUACUUUAGAGAGAUAGAUAUUGGAAUUAUAAAUUUAAAUUAGAAAGAAUAAUGGAACAAUUGUUGAAGAAACAGUUUAAGAAGUUUAAGAUGAUACAAGAGUUAAAAAUUUAGAACUUUAAAAAUUAGAAUUAGAAUAAAAAAUACAUGAUGAUGAAUAAUUGAUGGAAGAAUUAAGAAUUAGACUUGAAGAAUUGAGAUAAGAAUAUGAAAUAAUAAUAACUGAAAAAGUUACUUAUGCAUCAAAUGAAGUUGAAACUUGGAUGAAAAAAUAUGCCAAUUUAGAAAAGAAUUAUGCUGAAAGUAAUCAGAAAAUUGCAGAUUUAAAGAGAUAAUUGGCUUAAGUUGAAGCUGCUGAUAAAGCAAUGUAAGAUUAAAAGAAAACAGAAGUUCGUUCAGAAGUUCGUAGAAGUUCUAAAAUGUAUUGAA